AUGAUGGAUCUAUUCCGCAGAGGAGAGCUCGGGCUGCUGGGAGGAGGAGAGGGGCUGAGAGAUGAUGUGAGCGUCUCCGGGAUCAGCUGGUCGGCCAAUCGGCUGCCGGAGGAUAUGUACCCGGCGUCAGGAUUGGCCCUGGCUGCCGCCUAUCAUGACAUCAAAACCCGACUGGCCAGUCUGGAGAGGGAGAACAGCAGCAUCAAGAGGAAGCUCAAACACUACGAGGUCAAGUUUCCUAUGAUCAGUGAAUUUGGAGAGGAGAGGACACUGUGCUGUUCCUGUGAGCCCAUCAUUAAGGACACCAGUGUAAUCCAAUCAGAGACCACCAACCUACAGCAGAGGAUCAACUCUCUCACUCAGGAGCUCCAGAAGAGUAAGGAGAGAGAGGAGAGGUUGGAGGAAGUCAUCCAGGCUUAUGAGAAGAUUCACUUGGAGAAAAGCAACGUCCAGAGAGACCUAGAUAAGAUGACGACUCUGGCAGAGCAGCAUGUGGAGCGGAUCUGCAGUCUGGAGUCGGCUCUCAGACAGAGAGAAACUUCCCUUCAGAAACUCAGCGCUCAACUCCGCAGCAAAGACGCUCAUCAGUCUCAACUCCACGCCAGCCUGGAUGUACCCAGAGAGGGCCGUGGGCCGACGCUGCAGAGCUCCCGCAGUCUGGACGCCCUGUCAGACCUGAAGCUGCAGCGACUGGAGGCCGAGCUGGAGGGGGCACGGCACCAGGCAGAGGGAGCCUGUCAGAGGGAGAAGGAGCUGAGGGCCGAGCUUCAGAGGCUGCAGCAGGAGGUAGCCCAGCUACAGGAGGCACAGAGACAGUCACAGGACUUGUCCCCACACUGUGAGCACUGUGACGUAGAGUGGAUAAAGAAAGCCGGGGACGAACAGGUGAACCUAGCGUUGGCCUACACUGAGCUAACAGAGGAGUUGGGUCGUGUUCGCAGUCUGACUGUGAAACAGAGUGACCUUCUGCGGCAGGUCUCACAGGAGCCUGUUUCCCGUCCUCCCCCUGCUCCUCAGCGUCUCUCCCCCACCUCCCCCCAGCGCCCCUCCCUCUCCCCUGACAGGCUCCUCCCAGCCCCCUCUCCUCCUCUGUCGCCAAACGACGGCCCCGCCUCCUUCUCCCAUCAGCCAACCAGCAGCCGUCUACGAGCAAAAUUUCAGGGUCGCCGUAGUUACUCGGAGGUAUCUGACCCGUCUGCCAUCCACAGACCCUCAGCUCGCCUGAUGAGGGAUCCAGUAUCCACUCUUCCCAAGCCCAGGCCCCUCCUGGGGGAGACGCAGGGUUACGGCCAAUCCAAAUCUCAGCUCCGUGCCUCCUUGGUGGGGCUGGUCAGACCAGCCUCGGCUCAUGGAGCUGGAGGGGAGAGAGGAGGAGGAGGGGGAGGAGAGAGAGGUGGGGGCAGCAGUCUGAGCAGUAGUCCUCAUCACUGUGCUCUGGACCUGGGCUUCCCUCUGGCUGCUGAGGUACAUCACUUCUGUCGCCUUGACAACCCGCCUGAGCCCACCCCACUGGUGACACCGCCGCAGUCUUCUGAUGAUGAAGAGGAUGUGUGUACGUAUCUAUCGCCGGCUGCCAGCCCGCCACGAACACUCGGCGCAAUUGGGAUUGGCUCAUCGUCGCCUAGGGACCAGCCCCUACACCCCUCGUUCCCAUCUCCCAGGAAACAACCCCACCAUCCCUCCUUCUCUGCCCCUGAGGGUCCUGCAACCCUUUCCUGCCAUCUGCCUCCCUACAUGAACAAUGAGCAUGCUCAGUCAUGGCCCUCCAUUAAUUUAUGGAUGGAGUCAGAAGAGAGUGCUGUUCGUAGCUGUCCUCUGUGUCAGCUGACCUUCCCAACUGGUUACCCUGAUGAUGCCCUGAUCAAACACAUCGAUUCCCACUUGGAGAACAGCAAGAUCUGACUUUUUUUUCCCUUUUCUUUUUUAAUUAAGCAUUUUAUUCCCAUUUUCACCCGAGAUGGACACCAGGCCCACUUUGAUAUAUAUAUAUUUUUUUUUAUCCAGGAAUGGUCUGAUGAGCUUGCAUGCUUCUUUCUAUGGAGCUUGCCCAGUACAGCUGCAGUCUUCUGGUACAGGGGUUACAUGCCCUGCUCUAGGGGCACUUACCGCCACCUUUCCAUCCUGAUUGUGGAAUCUAACCAGUGACCUUCCUGUUAUAGACCAAGUUUGUUUUUCUACCCUCCAGGCUCAAGAGUCAUUCUCUUCCUUUUU